AUGUCAAGUUCAUGGCGCUACUACCCAAGAUUAUUUUGCGGUGAAAUUGUAUUGGCAAGGGUGGCUAAGAUUCUUGAUGUGGAACGUUCUAAUGAAGCUCAGCAAGCUGGUUCGUAUAGUUUGUUGACUAUCAAUGUGUUUUCCAAGAUGAACACAAUGUUUAGGUUUGUGGAUGGGAUGUCUCAAGACGCACUUAAAAAUCAAAAUUAUCAAGAUGUCAAAUUCAACGUUGAUUCCUUCAAGUUGAUCCAGUUGGGUCUCACUUUGUCCGAUGCCCAUGGCAAUAAUGAGGGCACCUCGGAAUUCAACUUUUAUGGAUUCAAUGAGAAUUCUAACCCCUAUAUUCUAGUUUCUAUUUCUCUACUCAAAAGAAAUGCUCUUGAUUUUCAAAAAAUGGGGAAUUUUGGAAAUUCUGUUGAGAAUUUUGUGGUCAGGUUUUUGCAUGUCCUGAAAAUGAACAAGGAGCUGCAUCAUCUCAAAUGGGUAGUCCUUGGUGACAUUUAUGAUGUCAAGUUCAUGGCGCGCUACUACCUAAGAUUGUUUUGCUGUGAAAUUGUAUUGGCAAGGGUGGCCAAGAUUCUUGAUGUGGAGCGUUCUAAUGAAGCUCAUCAAGCUAGUUCGUACAGUUUGUUGACUGCCGAUGUGUUUUCUAAGAUGAACACAAUGUUCAAUUUGUGGUUGGGAUGUCCCAAGGUUGUUUGUAUGGAAUUACCCCAACAAUCGUAA